AUGGGUUCGGCUAGCCGGAAUGAAGACAUGUACGAGCCAAUUGCCAUUAUAGGUUUGGCAUGUAGGUAUGGAGGUGAUGUGAAGAAUAGCUCGGAACUUCUGCGACAUGUUAUGAAAGCCAAGUCGGUGUAUGGAGCGGUACCUGAAGGUCGACUAGACGCAAGGCAUUUAUACCAUCCAGCGACGGGACAUAUUGGAUCCAUCUAUUCAAAUGGUGGCUACUUUCUGAAGGACGAUAUUAAUAAUUUUGACUCGGCCUUCUUCCAGCUUCCCGAAAAUGAUGUGGUGGCUAUGGAUCCCCAACAAAAGAUGCUCCUCGAGAGUGUGUACCAUGCCUUGGAAAACGCCGGAAUGUCUAUGAAGGAGAUUGCUUCCACGACAACCUCUGUAUAUGUCGGCUGUUCCAACAAUGACUCCCUGGCCAUUGCCAACUCGGAUCUCUUAUCGACCUUGCAAUGUACAUCCACCGGAACGAGCCCGUCUAUCCUAUCAAACCGUAUUAGCUGGUUCUAUGACCUCCGUGGAACCAGUCAAACCAUCGAUACUGCCUGCUCAAGCAGCCUGGUUGCCUUUCAUCAAGCAUGCCAGAGCAUACAGCAUGGACACUCCAUGGCCAUCGCGUGCGGUGUCAACAUUAUGGAACAUCCAGGGGCGACACAAAACUUAUGCAGUCUAGGGGUACUAUCGCCUGACGGACAAUGCUUCACUUUUGACGAGCGUGCCAAUGGCUACGGACGGGGAGAGGGCGUCGGCACUGUCAUCCUCAAGCCGCUACGAGCUGCUCUAAGGGAUGGCAACCACGUUCGGGCUGUCGUUCGCAGUACUGGCUCAAACCAGGACGGAAGGACGGCGGGCAUCACGCUUCCCAACGCCGUUGCCCAAGAGCAGUUGAUCCGUUCAGUUUACGCCGCUGCAAAUCUCAGCAUGGCCGACACGGGAUACGUCGAAGCACAUGGAACAGGUACAUUUGUCGGAGACCCUCUUGAGCUUACUGCCAUCUCUUCGGCAUUUGCGCCCAACAGAGAAAGCGAUCUGUUUGUCAGUUCGGUCAAGUCGGUGAUAGGACACCUGGAAGGCGGCGCGGGCAUAGCUGGGCUGAUAUCAGCAACCCUCGCCGUAGAAUCCGGUUCGAUACCUCCCGUCACAAAUCUACAGAAGCUGAACCCCAAUAUACCGAAUCAAAAGAGGAUACGGUUUACCAAGGAAGCGAUACCAUGGCCAAGAAGUGAUUUGCGUCGCGCGUCUGUCAACUCGUUUGGGUUUGGGGGAACGAAUGCCCACGUUGUAUUGGAAGACAUUGGCGGAUUUCUAUCCCAAAAUGAGGGUUUUGCAGCCGGAAGUCUCAAUACAAUGAAGCCUUUCACGAAUGGACAUGCACAUACCAACGGGCUUAACCACCAAGACAGUGACCUUGAAAGCAGCGUCAACGGGUUAACGCACAAACCAAAUGGUGCUGUAAUUUCCUCACCGGCCAAGAAAAGAAUCCUCACACUGUCAGCAUUUGAUGAAGACGGAAUACAGCGAAAUAACGCUCGUCUCGUGGAAUAUCUGCAAUCUGUGCCUGUUAAAGGGCAAUUCCUGGAGAAUUUUCUGCAUACUGUUAACGAAAAGAGGUCAUCUUUUGACUGGCGAUGUUACUAUAUCCUAGACAGCCACGACAGCCUACUCAGCUCCUUACGCCAGGUUCCGCAUCCUCUUCGGGUGUCCAAGACUCCCAAGAUUGUGCGAUUUGUCUUCACCGGUCAGGGAGCAAAUUGGCCGGGAAUGGCUCAAGACCUAAUGGUGUACCGGAUUUUCGAGACGAGGAUUUGCGAGGCGGCAAAGUACUUUAUGGACCUUGGGGCUGACUGGGAUCUUAGAGAAAUUCUCGCACGCUCCGACUUGGACAUGACGGAGCCCACUCUGGCGCAGUCGACCUGUAUCGCGGUCCAAGUUGGGCUGGUUGACUUGUUGAUGAGCUGGAAUAUUGUCCCGACAACGGUCGUAGGGCACUCUUCAGGUGAAAUUGCUGCCGCCUAUUGCGCUGGAAAAAUAUCUCGGCAGGCUGCUUGGAAAGUUGCUUUCUGCAGGGGCGUGGUUUGUUCAAAGGCCAUGGGAAAUGGCACCAUGAUGGCCGCGGCCGUUGGCGAAAAGCAAGCUGAAGAGUUGCUCUCACGACUUGGUGGCAUCGAACAACCACUGCAAGUACAAAUUGGUUGUUUUAACAGCCCCAAGAAUUUGACUUUUACAGGUAAAAGGGAAAGCCUGGAUAGGCUAAAGCAAGAGUUGGAACAAUCGGGCAUUUUCUGCAAAUUGCUCGGCGUGAAGGUUGCAUACCACUCAGCAGAGUUAAAAGCAGUUGCAGGAGAGUAUUUGACAAGCCUAGGGGACCUGAACUUUGGAGACAGAGUUAACCAGAAUACCGGUAUUCGCAUGCAUUCAUCCCUCACAUGCGAAUGCAUUGGACCUCAUGAUGAUAUUGGGCCGGAAUAUUGGGUCAAGAACCUCGUUUCUCCUGUACGGUUUACUUCCGCCCUCCUGGAUUCAAUUGGAGCCGACAGCGAUUUGAAGCGGCUGGACAAGGUCACAGACACAAUCAUCGAGAUUGGUCCUCAUUCAGCUCUGAGAAGCGCCAUUCAAGAUACGUUUGCGGAUUCUCAAAUCCUGCAGUCCAUCGGAUAUGCAAGCAUAUUGAAGCGAGGUGAAACAAGUGGCGAGACCGUGCUGCAAACCAUGGGUCUUCUCUACACCUUGGGUUAUCCAGUGGAUAUUACUGCUGUCAACGAAAGGGAAAUGGCUAACGGAUUUAGUACCAAACAUGUUCUCAAUGAUCUCCCUCCAUAUGCCUUUCGCCACACAAGCAAGAGAGCAACGACAAGGCAGAUUGAAGCUUUAAAGUUUCCAGCUUUUGGAAGACACGAAUUGCUAGGUGUUCCCCUUCUGGACUCAAAUCCAUUCGAACAGCGCUGGAGGAACUUUAUUGGGCCGCAGCAAGUCCCGUGGCUGUCGUCAAACAGGUUGAAUGAUAAGAUCCUCUUUCCAGGAGUUGCCUAUAUUCUUAUGGCGGUAGAAGCCGCGUUGCUAAGAUUCGGGGCACUUGACGCUGGAGCUGUGGAACUGCGAAAUAUCUCGAUUUUGGAGUCGUUGUUUGUUCCUGACGAUGCAGUCGGGGUUGAGAUAAUAUUCUCCCUGUCCCAGUUACACGAAGCAACUGAACUAUCCGGUGGAUGGUCAACAUUCCGCUUCGUUUCCCAUAAUCUCGACGGAAAUAGUUGGACAGAACACUGUGUGGGAAGCAUUAGGGUAGAAAAGGGAACGGCAUCACCACCCCGACAACUAUUCUCGGCGGCGAUGCGAGCUGCAACCGCCUCAACCGAAGCGGAAAACCGGUAUUUCACUGACAUGAUUGAACCAGACAAGUUGUAUCAAAGCUUUUCGUCCGCGGGGACCAACUUUGGAGAUUACUUAAAGGGCAUUAGGGAAUUUCGCCGGUCCCAAGAUCGGAUGGCUUAUAUGUCGCAUGUUUUAUCGCCAGAUAUACCCAGGACAGCUCAUGACCGAUACACCAUUCACCCCUGCGCUCUCGAAAGCAUCCUACAAGGUCUUUUAUGUCUAGGAAGCCCGGAAGGCACGAUAGUCAAUGGCUCGAUGGUUGCCAAUCGUUUGGGGCAUGUUUGGAUUACAAACCCUCUCAGCGACGAGACAGCUACCAGCCGCCAGUUUAAAACCUUUGCCGAGACGGAGAGGAAAACAUCAACCAUUUAUACAUCAGACGUCGCGGUAUAUGCUCAAGGAUCGUUGGAGCCAAAUUUCCUCAUCAAGGGACUCGAUCUGGUUCUUCUGCCACCGCAGGAAGACGGACAGGCUGCCGACGAGUCUUUCUACGUUGAAACAUGGAAGCCAGACGCAAAAAUGCUGACGUCUUUUGAAAAAGUCAGCAGCUCUCGGGAGUUGUCUGGCAGCUUAAUCAAGGCAUUUACAAGAGAGGACCACCAAGGCCUUCAACUCACAUGUUCGGUAUUCGUGCUAGACUCGCUACAGAAAAUUUCCGGAUUGAACGAAGACGACCUGCCUUUGCAUCUGCGGUCAUUCGUUGACUGGAUAAAGGCGCAAGCCGAAAUUAUUACGCAAGGCAGAGCUCCUUUUGUCGACCUCACGGCAUUGGAGCAGGUUCGUGUCAACGAUGAGCUCAAACAGGCCUUGUUCGAUAGUGUAGCCAGACGAAGUGCCCGGGGAGAGCUUCUUACUCGAGUUGGCGUCAAUCUUGUACCUAUUCUGACCCAACAAGUCGACAGCUUGGAACUCAUGUUUGGGAGCGACGAUAUCAUGAGUCGAACAUACAACGAAGGCCUACCCGGAGACGUUGCAGUCCGCAUUUCGCAUUACCUGGAGUACUUGUCACACAACCAGUCUCGCAUAAAGAUUCUCGAAGUCGGCGCGGGUACGGGCAGCGCAACCAAGAUUGUACUCGAUGCGUUUAGGAAUUCCGGUGGACAGGAUGCCGAGAGCGGCAUUUUGCCUAUUGAUACGUACGACUUCACCGACAUGUCUGGCGCAUUCUUUGAACGUGCCAAGUCUCGUUUUGCCGACUGGUCCGACGUUCUGCGCUACCAGACGUUUGACGUCGAAAAGGAUCCAGCACUUCAGGGAUUCGAACUCGCAUCUUAUGACCUUGUUAUUGCGACUCAUGUCCUACAUGCUACAGCCAAUCUUCAAGUGAGCUUGAAGAACAUAAAAAGUCUCUUAAAGAGUGGAGGAGACCUCAUCGUCAUCGAAAAUGUCAAGCCUCAGUUGAUGUGCACGCCGCUGGCGUUUGGCAUACUACCAGGGUGGUGGCGCGGCAUCGAGUCUUAUCGUCAAUCAAACCCUCUUAUAGACCAAAAGCAAUGGGAUGCUGAGCUGGAGGAAGCUGGCUUCAAGCUGAGGAUGCAAAUACAGGACACAGACGAGGCCGCCAACCACGAGACAUCAGCAACUAUUGCAUCUACACAGCAGCGUCUUGACGAAACAUGUCAACAUGGCUACAAAUGCGCAAUCAUCUACCAUGCCGACUAUGUCUCGCAACUGCAGCUUGCUAGAGAGUGUGCCUCAACACUGGCCAAGGUUCUUGCAUGCGAUUGCUCCUUGGUAAGCCUACGUGAGGCUGAUGCCGGUGAACUUGACGCAGACUUUUGUGUAUCUCUGUUGAACUUGCAGGGAUUUGAUCUUUCGGAUAUAACGGACCCCGACUUCCAACAGAUCAAGUUGGUCCUGGAAACCUGCAUUAAUAUGAUAUGGGUCUCGGGCAAUCCGGACGACGACUCCAAGGCGGCAAUGUGCCGUGGUCUCGUCCGAAGUGCCAGAUGGGAGCGCGAUCAGGAUGCAGUCAACUUCAUCACGCUUGGGAUAUGCAAUCCAUUGCCUCCCAACUCUGUCAUCUCAGAACAAGUUGCCCGUGUGGCUCGUGGAGCCUUCAUCUCUCAGGGUGUGAUAGCUGCCAACGGUGAAUACGCCACAAAGGACGGAGUACUCUUGACAAACAGGCUUCUACCUGCCAAGAAGAUUAACAAGGCUGUGAAUAGGAGAUCGGAACCGAAAACUGAGUCUAUUCAGCUUGGAGCCAUCUCCCAAGGGAUCAAGCUCACUUCAAUUGACCCUCAUAAACCGCAGGCAUUCCAUUUCAUUCGUGAUGAACUGGCAGAGAGCCCCCUGGGCCAUGAUGAAGUUCAACUGAAGGUACAUGCCGCUGGCGUACGACGAGAAGACGCCGAUGAGGCUAGCCGUUUGAUACCCGGGCAAGGCAUAGGCCGAGAUUGUGUUGGUCUUGUGACUGAAAUUGGGUCAUCCGUAACAGACGUUGCUGUUGGCGACCGAGUCAUGGCCGUGAGGACUAUUCCAUCGAGCGGCGCUCUAUCAAGUCUCUUCCGAACCCAUUGCAGCGCAGUCCAAAAGAUCCCAGACGGGGUGGGAUAUCUCGAGGCUGCAACAAUUCCCUGGAACUUCUGCACCGCCCAUUACUGCAUCGUCAAAGUGGCUCGUGUGCAACCGGGCGAAACCAUUAUGAUCCAGUGCGCAGACAACGCUAUCGGGCAAGCGGCUAUUCAACUCGCCAAGUCGAUCGGCGCCAACUUGCUAUGCACUGUCUCUUCAAACGAGGACAAUCUCGUCCUGGCUUCUCGAUAUAACCUCGACCAGGCAGCUGUCUUGUCGAAUGACAAAGCACCAUUAGGCGUGGAGGCUAUUCUUUCCUCAAUUUGCAAAGGAGGAAUUAAUGUGUAUCUGAACUGUGAUCCAAUGGGAAUCUCUGACGCGUACCAAUCCCAUGUUACACCCUUUGGUCGCGUCGUUGAUCUCCAUGGCGCAGCUACCGCUAAUCAUCUCUCCUUGAAAGAUCUUUCCAAGGCAAGUAUUUCUUAUACAUCCGUCGACAUGGAUCCAGUAGCCCAGUCCCGGCCCGAACUCAUCCAAGAGGCACUUUUAGACACGUCGCGUCGGCUCUCUUGCUCUCAGUUCAAACCCUUGAGUCAUGUUGAGGUAUUAGGAUACUCGGAACUUCCAAAAGCUAUCCUCCGGUUUCGCGACAGACAGUCAAAGAACCCCUCCAUGUUUGUUGUCCAGCCUAAAGAUGAUGAAGUGGUCCCCAUGCGUCUUGAACCAAUCGGUGAUUAUCGUCUGAGAGGAGACGCAUCCUACCUUCUUGUUGGGGGGUUCGGGGGCAUUGGAAGAAGACUAGCGCUUUGGAUGCACUCGCGCGGAGCGAGGAACUUUAUCUUCCUAUCAAGAUCGGGACCAACGGAUCCUAGGGCCCGAGAACUCUGUGAAACGCUAAAGUCUUCUGGUUGCCGGGUGGAAAGUAUCGUAAGUGAUGCAGCUGACACGGAAUCGGUGAACAAGUCCAUGCAAAGGUGUCGCGACACAAUGCCUCCCAUCAAGGGCUGCGUCCAAUGUUCCAUGGUGCUAGUCGAUUCUAUGAUUUGCAACAUGUCACACAGCCAAUUCAUGGCCGCUAUUCGACCUAAGGUACAAGGAACAAUUAAUAUUACUAAUAAUCUCCCUAAAAAAUUAGACUUCUUUAUCCUUCUAUCAUCCUCGUCCGCUAUUAUCGGCAACCGUGGGCAAGCUAACUACGCCGCCGCAAACGUAUUCCUAGACACGUUCGCAAGACAUCUCACGGCCCAAGGACGGCCAACAACAUCUAUUAGUCUUGGAAGCGUUCUGUCAUUUGGCUGGGUUGCUGAAAACCAAGACCGACUCCCUAUUGCUCUUGCAUACGGAACCAUCACAGAAGACCGUCUCCUCUCCAUCCUAGAGUACCACAUGGAUCCGCGACUGGGCGCCGCCGAGAACAGCGACAACUGUCACACAAUUGCUGGCCUCCGAUCCGCGAGCGACUUUCAGCGCCACUCAGUCCCGCUGCCAGCUUUCAUGUCGCACCCGUUGUUUACGCACUUGCGCGCCUCGGGGCGGCAAGGCAAAGCCAACGAGGCAGAGGCGACUAUAUCCAUUGCACAAGGACUCGCCGGUGCAGCGUCCACGGAAGAGGCAGUUGAUUUCGUCUCCGACGCCAUCAUUGCCAAGAUCUCCAGGAUUAUGGCCAUUUCUCCCAAGGAUAUGGAAACGUACCGAACCUUGAGCUCGUAUGGCGUUGACUCUCUGGUUACUGUUGAUAUGAAGUCGUGGUUUAAGAGGGAACUUGGCGCUACAGUUGGCACAAAGGGUAUCCUGGGCGAGCUUACGAUUUAUGGCUUGGCAGAAAAGGUUGUUACAGGAAGUAGUUUAAGGAAAGAAUAUGUUAUAUAG